AUGGAAAUUAACUUUCAAACACAUCAUCAUCAUAAAGAAGAAUUCUCAAUGAAGAAAGUAACCAAAUUCAUCAAGGGAAGAAAAAGAAGCAAUAGUAGGAAUAGUAAUAGUAACAAGUUUGUUGGUGUAAGGCAAAGGUCUUCAGGAAAAUGGAUAGCUGAGAUUAAAGACACAACACAUAAGAAAAUAAGAAUGUGGCUUGGAACUUUCGAAACUGCUGAGGAUGCAGCUCGUGCUUACGAUGAAGCUGCUUGUCUCCUUCGUGGAUCAAACACACGAACGAACUUUGUUACUACUCGUGUUUCAGCAGAUUCUCAACUUGCUUACAGGAUCAGAAAUCUUCUUGAUAGUAAGAAAAUUGCAAAACAGAACAAGCAGGGGAACUCUGCUGUUUUUGCUUCAACUUGUAGUAUAGUUGAUUCAGUUUCUAGUGAGAAAAUUCAAGAAAGUCAUGAAAAAGUACUUAAUUCUUGUGAUGAUAACAACUUAUAUAAGCCUACAACAAUCCCGACUACUAUGGAUCAGUCUCAAACAAGUUGUGAUAGGCUAUAUGAAUCCUCACUGACUACGUGUCUUCAUUUAAAUUCAUCUGAGGAUAACAAUAACGACGACUUUUAUAAGCCUGAUAUGAUGAGUUGCUCGAGUUCGUGUACUUCACAGGCUGAAGUGUCAUGGGGGUUUGAAUUUGCUCAAGAAUUGUUUGAUUUUCCUAUUAUGGAUGAGAGUAUAAGUGAAAUGGGAUGUACAGAAUUUGAGAGAAUGAAAGUGGAAAGGCAGAUAUCAGCAUCACUUUAUGCUGUGAAUGGUGUACAAGAAUACAUGGAGAAUGUUCAUGAUGUUGAUGAUUUAUCUCUUUGGGAUCUUCCCCCUUUAUGUUCUUUGUUAUCCUAA